CCAGGCUGGUCUUUGGGGCAGUGGGCACUUUCCCCUGGCCCCAUUGAUACUGCUGAAUAAUGGCUGCAAAGCAGGGCGGUCAUCAGUUCGCACACUCUCCGUGCUGCUCCCAUGACAGGCACUAACCCCGAUUACCACCUCCUUUACAGAAUACCCUGCCGGAGCAGGCCGUGCUGGGCCCGGGGCCCCAGCCACCGCCAGACAUCCCCACGAGCCACGGUUCCUGCCCUGUUCCAGCCCCUGCCACUUCACCAGGAUGACGGUUCUUGUGCUGCUAUCCGUCCUGGCCAGCUUCCUCGUGGGGUGUGCAGGGAAGAUCUUCCAGCGCUGCGAGCUGGCCCAGGCGCUGCGCGAGGCAGGGAUGGAUGGGUUUCACGGGUACAGCCUGCCCGACUGGCUCUGCAUGGCUUUCUAUGAGAGUGGGUUUGACACAGGCACUGUGGUCCAUGAGCCUGAUGGCAGCUCUAACAACGGCAUCUUCCAGAUCAACAGCCGCCUGUGGUGCAACGACUACAAGACCUCAUCAAGCAACCUCUGCCACAUGCACUGCAGUGAUUUGCUGACCAGUAACAUCAAAGAUGACAUUGUAUGUGCCAUGCAUAUUGUGCAGCAGCCCCAAGGCAUGGGGAUCUGGCUGAGCUGGAGGCAGCACUGCAAGGGCCAUGACCUCUCCAUGUGGGUAGAAGGCUGUAAUGUGAAAGGCGGCUGAAGGAGUGCCGGGAAGGCCCAGCAUCGGUGAAAUGGGGCACCCUAGAGCCACUUGCAAGACCUCCAGCACCUUAUCCUAAAGUUCAGUGAAACACUCCUCGACCCUUAAAUUCUCUGCCCAUUAGCUAGCCCCAAACUGAGUGGUUGGUUUAACUAGGGAAGGGGCAGGGGCCUCUCCCUUCAUAACAGGACUGAACCACAGGGAGCAGUUCCUCAAAUAAAUGCAGCUGGAGGUCUGUUAAAUGACAAGCGUCAAGAAUUGUGUUGGCUGGCGGCGAGUGCUUAGAGCGGGGGAGAGGGGCUGGGAGUCAGAGCUCCUGGGGUCUCUUUC